AUGGAAAAUGCAUCUGUAGUGACAUCAUUCAUAUUGACGGCGUACGCCGAAAUAGAAAACUUUAGAUAUGCAUACUUCACAGUUUUCCUUAUGUUGUACAUUCUGAUGGUAUUUGUAAAUUUUGUUCUAAUUGCAGUCAUUUACAUUGAGAGAAGUCUACAUGAGCCAAUGUACUUCUUCAUGUGUAACUUAGCAGUGAAUGGAGUAUAUGGUAGCACAUCUUUAUUACCUUCAUUACUGGUUAAUUUAAUGUCCCAGACCUAUGAAAUAUCUUUGACCUGGUGCCUAUUACAGAUCUUUUGCAUACACGUAUAUGGUUCCGUUGAAUUUACUACAUUAGCAGUGAUGGGCUAUGAUCGGUAUAUUGCCAUUUGUCACCCUUUACACUAUCACAACAUUUUGUCACCUGGAAAAAUAUAUGCUCUUAUUGCAAUAGCCUGGAUUUAUCCCUGUGUUUGUUUUGGCCUGUAUUUCAUGUUAACAGUACAAUGUACAUUUUGUGGCAGGAUCAUAGAAAAAGUGUAUUGUAUUAAUUUUGCACUAGUGAAACUGUCUUGUCUUGAUAUCUCCUUUCACAGCAUGGUUGAAAUGGUGGUAACUUUUUUUUUAAUUGUUCCUCAGCUUCUCAUGAUACUUUUUUCUUACGCCCAAAUACUCCGAGUCUGCCUGCAUGCUUCUAAGGAAUCGCAGUUCAAAGCCAUUCAGACAUGCACUCCACACUUGGUGGCUGUGAUAAAUUAUUCUGUUGGUUGUUUUUUUGAAAUCAUCCAAAGUCGGUUUAACAUGAGUCAUGUACUUUACUCGGGACGCAUAUUUAUGUCCCUUUACUUUCUGAUAUUUCCUCCAAUAUUUAAUCCUUUAAUUUAUGGAAUAAGCAUCCAGGCCAUUAGACAUACAAUUUGCAAACUCUUCAGUAGUAAGAAAAAUAAAUUAACUACUCUACAGGUUAUGUAG